UUCAAGCUCACUUUUUUUUAUCCAAAAUGGAGUCAGGUAUUCCGAUCCAAAGAGGAGAUGAGCAGUUCAAAAUCAUCAAAGCAUGGAAGGAACUAAAGAUAACAAAUGUCAAUAACAAGACUCAAAAGAGGCUCCUAGAUAUUACAGGAUGGGAGAAAAAGAAAACAACCGAGAUCGAAUCUCAACUCGCUAGAAUUCAGCGGAAGAUGGAUAGUAAGAAGAUGGCGAAAUCAGAGAAACUACAGACCAAAAAAGCGGCAGUUCAUGCUAAAGCACAAGAGAAGAAGGCAAAUGUUCAAACCAGACGCGCGCAAGAGAUCCUUGAAGCGGAAGAAGAAGCUGCUAGGUUUCAAGCCACAGGACAGAUACCCAAGAAGCCAUCUCUUAGCUGCUUCUGAGAUCAAUAGUAUCCUGUGAAACAUGUUAUCACCUAUCUUCUUUCUCAUUUGUUCAUACUUGUAUCUUUCGUAUGUUGUGUGUUUUGCUUGUGUUGAUCAUGAAACAAGAGUGCUAAAUUCAUUGUC